AUGAAUGGAUCUGCCGGGAGGAACUCCUCAUUCACUGGCAAGAAGACCCCAGUGGACCUCAGGGAAGGCCCCAAGUGCACCAGGACAGGCUUCCUGAGCAGGAGCCUCCUGGCCAAUGGAGCUGUAACCCAGGGGAGCUGGGAGUGGGAGGAAUUGUACCGGCGCAGCGCCGCGUCCCUGGGGGCUCACUCCGCGGAGAGCGCCGGGGAUCUCCAAUCCCGCACGGAAUCUGCGCGGCCGGGACCCUCUGCAUCCCGGACGUCCGACCCCGCUCUGCAAUGGUCGGGGAGGGGCAAAGCCGAAAUCUGGCUCCCUGAGGCCCAGGGGCGCAACCCUGGGAAGCCCGCCCAGGCGCUCUACAGACGGGAGCGGAGAACUCCCGGCUCGCGACCCAAGAGCCGCCGGUCGAUGCGAUGCCUGCAGCCCCGCAGCCCCGCCGCGUGGGGUGCCCCAGGAGGACGCGGUGAGUGCCGUGGAGGGGACGCGCGGGGACGGGCGGCGGGUGCCGUGGCUCGAGCCCGCCCUCUCCUGCCCCGGCUCCUGAAGUUUGCAGUGGAGCCGGCUCCAGCCCCAGGAGCCCCCGGCCACCCCGCUCUGCCUGCUGACGGGAAGGGCCGCAGCCGCGCCGAGGGGCCGUCCAAUCUGCUGCGCCGCGGGCUCCGCAAUUCCGCGGGCCGCCCGGGGGAGGGGGUGCCAGCGCUGGAGCUCAGCCAUCUCCAGGGGCCCCAUCCGCCCGCCUCGCGCCCGUCCCGGGGCCCGAGAGGGGCCUCGCUCUCUGGCGACCCCUCACGCUCUGCAGCAAGCCCCGAUUCCUGGGUCCUCUGCUUGGGGCUACCAACUGGAGUCCACGGCGAGACCGGCCCAGGCAGGGGGCGUCCCCUCCAUGGCGAUGACGGUGGCCCCACCCCCGCCGAGACCAAGUUCAACAAGUUUGGCCAAGAAGUCCUAGAGCUUAGGUGGCUAGGCCCGGCCCUGCCGCUCCGCGUGGCUCCACCGGCUCAGAGUUCUGCAGCUCCGGGCGGCAAGAGGUUCUGUCGAGGGGCGAGGUCCAUAAGGGUUGAGGCCAGAGGCGCGCAGCCCCUGGGCUCCGAGCCCUGGAGUGAAGGUUGGGGUUCGGAGUGCGUCAUAAGCGAGCAGGCACCCCGGCCGGCAGGUCGGGUUUCCAAAAGUGCCCCUUUGUUAUGCCCCUCCCUGGCCCUGCCUCCUCCCCCUUUCGCUGCGCCACCCCCUUCCCCAGCCUCCUGACCUCCAGGCUGGCUCUGACUACCGAUUCCAGCCCCUCUAGCCCCGCUGCCCCUCUCCGGACCAGCCGACUGCCUCUCCCCGCUGUGUCCUCAAAACCUAGGGCUGCGGGCCGACGCGGCUGGAUCGUGUGACCCGCUUGGCAUUCUCCUCCCUGGAAUCUGGCGCUUCUGACAGCAGUUGCUAUAUUGGGGGUGCCGGGCACCGCCCUGGACACUCUAGGCCCUCACCCUCACCCCUGCUCUGCUCUCC